GAUAUUUUUGGGGUUAGGAUUGAACCGCCAAUUUCGCUGUCACCCUCGGCCGUCCCUAAUCGCCCCCAGGAGACGACUCUGCACCCGUUAAAUAAUUUAUUCACGCUCUCACCUUGGAAUCGUAGAGGACUUUAGCCUUGGUAGGAUCCGGCUCGUAACACAGGACUUUUUCACCAUCGCUGAAUUUAAAUCUCUGCCCCCGCGUCGUCGCCAUCUUCUCUUGCAGACACGAGAGGAUUUCGGAGCAGUCGGAGUCCGCUCACUGCCGAGAGUUAUUUUGCUGAUUGAUUGCGAUCGUAAUGGCGUUGUUCACUAAAUUAAUCAACAAUUUCAGUCGAAGUCUUGUCCUGUCACACCCCCAGAGGACUUUCAGUGUCAGUCAUGUCUCGAGGAUUAAAGAGUUCAUCGAGAAGAAGGAGGGAAAGACAUUGAUCAUCGAGGCAAAAAUAGUCGAAGACCCGAAGGAGAAGAAUCUGCUGCAGCCUGCGAGUAACGGAGCGUGCCUGCUCUGUUCAGCAGGAGUUUACGUGAAACACACCGAUGUCUUGAUCCUGAGCCAAUUCCUUCGGUCAGACGGUCGCCUAAUGCCCAGGAGGGUCACCGGCCUGUGCAGAACUCAGCAGAAACGACUGAACAAACUCGUGGCAAUGUCGCAGAAGGCCGGCCUCAUGCCCAACCUCAAUCCUCCUAAUAGUAAUAGAGAUCCCAAAAAGAGACAGGGAUUCAAAGCCUUCAAUGUCUACUAUGAUGAGACCACUAUCGAAGCUAAAUUCCACAACGUUGCUUGGAGAUGAGGUGUUUGUGGUGGGAUUAAUGAAGUUAAUGUAAAUAAAUGAUGCGUUGAUUAAAGAUAAUUAAUGAUAUAAUCACAA